AAACAAGACAACAGAUUCCGUGUUUCAGAUUCUCCUGAGUAUGCUCGUGAAUCAAAGAAAAAUAGAAAGUCUCUUCAAAUCAAGCAAGGCAAGAUUCAGUAGCCGGAAAACACGAGUUGGACCUGAGAAGAAAGGCGAUGACGUGAGGUGAAUGAGGAGAGUUUGCCGGUCGAAGAUGCUCAGAAAGUGUGGAAAAGAAUCGGAGGCAGAGAAGCGGGUUGAUUUGACAAAGGGACGGUAUUUGCUAUUUGCUGCAUCAGCAGCUGUUUAUGAUAUUCAACGAGCUACAAUUUAUAAGAGAGCUGGCUGUAUUGCAAAGAACAAGAUCUUUGGCAGCUGGCCAGAACUCAUUUAUAAAUUUAUAAGUGCCACACAAGAAACAUGCUACUUAUGGGCAUGGCCCGAAACACUCAACGAUUGCUCAAAUGGCAGCUAAGGGGUCUAUCAGGCAAAUAUUACAUACAGGGAUGUUGUAUGGUCAUGACCGUGCCGGCUCAUUAUGGUAUUGUAACUGGUUUGAAAGUAACUGAGGAUGGCAUGCAUCUUCUAAGUGCAGGUUCAGUUAUGCUUGUUUCCCUAAGCUCUUGCUUAAAUAUUUCGUGGUCUGAUUCUAAAUCAUAUCUGCUUCAUACUUUAUGACUUCAUACCAGUUAAUGGGCACUAAAUUUGUUUUGAUGAAGAAUCGAUAUUGGUUAAGCCUAGGCCGGUGUGUAAAUAAUUAUUAUAAAGUGAUGUUUAAGGUGAAUGCCAAGUUCUUAUUACUCAUGACAUAGAACUAGCUAAUCACAAGAUGAAUAGUUGCUUAACCUUUAGAUUACAAUUAAAAGAUCUUGUUGGAUUUCAGUGUAUGGCUCAAGAAUAAGGUAGUGGAAUCUGGCCACGAUACACCUGUAAACUCUGAAACAGUGCACCUACAGACCAGCAAGGGCAUUCAAUUAGCCACAUCUCAGGAUUCAGCUGUCACUUUUGUUCCAUGCAUGAGAGUUGUGAAAGUUAAUUGUUCUUUUGGUGCCUUCGUUGUCUAUUUAAUUUUGCAUGGUAGUGUUACAUAAAUAAGGUUGUUUGGGAACCUACACCCCUUAAUUCUGUUCUCUGAAUUUUUAAGCAUUAGAUAUUUGGUCCGGUAAAACCUCCUUGACGUUUCGUGGGCACUAUGAAUGCUGGAACUGUUUCUGGUUUAGUUCGCAGGAUCGGGUACAACAAUCGCCCAAUCAACAUUCUGUGGUUUCUAAAAUAGUAGAAAGGCAUUCCAGUACUAAUUUAAUAGGCAACUUGUGCCAUUUAUUGCAAGUCA